CACUAAGGAUGCAUUCAAACGUGCUUAGCUCGUCUGCGGGGUCUUCAUUAGGUAGGUGUCCAGGUAUUGCUCAGCUGUGAUGGGUUGCGGGGAACUUCAAGUUCCGAAGAGAUUAUAGCCAGAGGUUGUAUUGUAUAGAUGUAUACCGAAGCUGUCUUUCAAAUCGAGAAAAAGACUAAUAGCUGACGUUCACAAUAAUCUUACCUACUUACUAAGUACAUACCAAGUUUAUACUAUAAAUUUGUGCGAGAAGCAGAUUAACGCUUCAAUGUUGAAUCAAGUAUCGUUCGGCCAGCUCCUGGCGCUUGGUGUGCUGUCGCUCGCAUGCGGCCUGGUCUAUUACACAAUUCAAAGGACGAGGCACGAAUAUCGCAUUCGAAAAAUAGGGGGAGUACAUGCGCCCUGCCUCGCAUCGAAUUUUCUCACAGUCACGCCGUGCUUCCUUGGUACAGCCAAGGCCCAGAUGAGGAACCAACUCUUAGAGAGGUUUGAUAGCUUCUUCGACCAGGCAACGCCCGAGUGUCCGAACUGUGUUGAGUUCCAAGCUAGGCCGAGAGAGAGAUAUCUAGUCACCAGAGACCCAGAACACAUCAAAGCUGUGCUUACUACCCAAUUCUCCGAAUUUGGCAAGGGACCGGCAUUUCAUGACUUAUGGCGACCCUUCCUCGGUGACAGUAUCUUCACAACUGAUGGCCAACUCUGGCACGACAGUCGCAGCUUGAUCCGACCAAUGUUCGUUAGAGAUAGAGUCAGCGACCUGGCGACAUUCGAAAGAUGGGUGUCCAUGCUCCUCUCAAAGCUCCCACCAUCAGGCCAGGCGGUCGAUAUCAUGGACCUUUUCUAUCGAAUGACUCUUGACAUCACCACAGACUUCCUUCUCGGGGCGAGUGUCGAUAGUUUGAGCAACCCCCAGAGUGAAUUCGCCAAAGCCUUCAACGAUGUCCAAAGAACGCAGAUGAUGGUGACUGCCGUUGGACCGUUCGAGGUUUUAUUCUCCCGCCGUCGCUACAAGGAAGGGAUUAAGACGAUUGAUCGUUUUGUGAUGCCCUAUAUCGAGCAAGCGUUGGCACUGCCGCAGGAAGAGCUUGAGAAGUUAUCGAACUCUGACAAGCACUUUACGUUUCUGCAUAGUAUCGGGAGGUAUACGCGUAAUAGACAGGUCCUCCGCGACCAGAUCAUCGCUGUGCUCCUAGCCGGACGGGACACGACGGCUGCAACUCUGUCAUGGGCUUUCUACCAGCUUUCACACUACCCCGACCAGUUCAAGAAGCUCCGCGACGAGGUCAUCAACUCGGUCGGUCGUACGGGGACUCCUACAUAUGAGAGUCUCAAAGACAUGCCUUACCUCAGACAUACCUUGAACGAGACGCUGAGGCUGUACCCUGCAGUGCCGUACAAUCUGCGAAGCGCACUAGAAGACACGACGCUGCCUACGACACCAGGCAACCCUCCCAUUGCGGUGGUGAAAGGGGAUGUCGUGAUCUACAGCGCUCUCUCGAUGCAGAGACGAAAGGACUUGUACCCCCCAACAUCGGAGAAGUUUGAGGACCCCGAUAUAUUUUCCCCUGAGAGGUGGGAAAACUGGACCCCAAAGCCGUGGCACUACGUACCCUUUAACGGAGGGCCACGCAUAUGCGUAGGACAGAACUUCGCCAUGACGGAGAUGGCAUAUUGUAUCAUCAGGAUUCUCCAGAAAUAUGAUCGUCUUGAGUACCGUCAAGAUUGGCACUCGCAGCGACACGAAGCAGAGAUCGUUGGCAAGCCAAGCCAGGGCGUUAAAGUUGCUCUAUAUGAAGAAAACGUAAAGCCGGACAAUAAUCCAGAGCCAUUAGGCAUUUAGGCGGUUCCAAGGAUCUUUCAUGAGUGUUCUGGGUGGAUGAGUCUUACAAUUUGGACCUUCUCCUUAAUCACCCCUUUUUCCCUCUCCUU